GUGGCGGGCGGGGCCUUGAGUCAGGGCGGGUAUAAACUGCGUGGGAGGAGGUGUUUCCGUCAGACAGCUCCCUUCGUCUGGGUGGGUCACGUUCUCCCGACAUGAAUUCUCUACGCUUCGCUUAUGCCCUGGCGGUGGUGGGCGCGUGCUGGGGGGAUGCAGCCCUGCACCCAAGUCUGCACCGUGACCUGCAACCUGGCUUGCGUCACAACGUCUUCGCCAGCGCGCGCGGCAACAGGUACUACGACCCACGCGACGGUAGGUACGCCGACGACGACGACUUCAACACCAACGACUUCAGCUCCACUUUGUACCGCUACCGCACGGCGCCUCUCGGGUUUAGUGACGACCGCCCCGCCGCCCCCGUCUUCUACUCCCACCACGCCCCCGCCGUCCCCACCUACAAUGCACCUGCCGUUUCCAGCCACCGCGCCCACGCCAUCCCCGCCUUCAAUGCCCCUGCCGUCAACUCCCUUCGCGGCCCCGUUGUUUUCCCCACGCCCUCCGUCGUCUCUAUCAACACUCCAGCCGUUCCAUUACACCACGGAUCGGCUAUCGGCGCCCCAGUCAUCGUGCACAAACCCACUGUGUCUUACGUCGCCCCCGUGCCUCAGCCCAAGCCCGUACAGCCCAUCAAGUCCCAGUACCACGUGCAGGACGAGCUCGGCCAGUACUCAUUCGGAUACGACGCGGGGACAUCCACGCGCGAAGAGUCACGCGACGCUUACGGAAACGUGCGCGGCUCCUUCAGCUACAUCGACCCCAACGGGAAGCUUCAGGUGCAGCACUACGUGGCGGGCAAGGGCGGCUUCAGGGUGAGAGGCACCAAUCUCCCCGUGCACGUGACGAACGAGGCGAGGUACAAGCGAUCCUACGCCACCUUCCCCGCCGGUACUGGUCCCCUUGGCGCCCCCCUGUACGAUGACUUCAACUUCGUCAGCUCCAAGACCCAAUACAACCCCCCUUACUACGUCACUAGUGCCCCAAAGAAAACCAUCAACUAUAGCAUACAGUCCUUCCCCACAGCCUCCUAUAAUCUUCAGUCCUUCCCCACCACCUCCGCCCACAGUCUUCAGUCCUUCCCCACCACCUCCGCCCACAGUCUUCAGUCCUUCCCCACCACCUCCGCCCACAGUCUUCCGUCCUUCCCCACCUCCUCCUACACCCCACAGUACUACCCCAGCAUGUUCCUCAACCCCCAAAGAGGAUACUAUUACCGGAUUGUAUGUGCUCUUCUGGCCGCGGCCAGUGCUCGUUGUGAGGCCGAGAAGCCCCACGCUGGGCCUGCUCCCGAGGACCACGCAGCCGCCAACACCAUCUAUCGCGAAGCUGUGGCUUCUUUGCAGAGCUACACGCCUUUUAGUGAUGUCUCCUUCUCGACUCACUCUGAACCCAUUGUGAGUCAAGCUGGUCCUGUUCUGAGUAACGCCGGCCAAGUGAAUCACGCUGGUUCUGUCUUGGGUUACCAUGAACCCGCCGUGAGUCACGCUAGAAAUGUCGUGAGUCACGUCGGUCCAAUUGUGAGUCACGCUGCCCCUGUCGUGAGUCAGGCAGACUCCGCCGUGGUCAGCAAGAAGCUUGUUGGUCAUGAUGGUCCUUUGGUCUACUCUCCGGCAGUGCACACUCCUUUCGUCUCAUUCGAGACCAAAUACCAGGAGCCCGUGCGGUCCCAGUACCACGCCCAAGACCACUACGGCCAGUACUCCUUUGGGUACAACGCCGGCACUUCCGCCCGCGACGAGACUCGUGACGCCUACGGUAACGUACGUGGCUCAUUCAGUUAUAUCGAUUCCUACGGCAACUUGCAGACGCAACACUACGUGGCCGGUAAGGGCGGCUUCCGCGUGGAGGGUACCAACUUGCCUGUGCAAGCUAGCCAGGGCCAGAGGCACAGGCGCUCAUACGCAACUUUCCCUGCCUCCACAGGGCCCCUGGGUGGCGGCAUUCCCAGUGGUCACAUCACCACCGUGACACACCACGAACAGGGACCCGUGGUGGUGGGUCACUCAACUCCCUAUGGAAGUCCUCACGGCUACGGUGCCUCGGUGGUGUACCAGCCUCCCGUGGUGAUUAAUAAGGGCCUGGCUCUCGCUAAUGCCCAUGGAGUGUCUCCUCUCCUUGGGAACGCCAACCUGCAUGGCAACUUUGAAAAAUACGGCUACAACGGGUUUUCCUACGGCUUCGAGACCGGCCCCUCUUCCCUCACCACCUACGGCACCCACUUCAACCAACACAUCCCAACCUAUUCACACUGAACCUUCACUGGGGUCGUCCCUCAGCGGCAGAGCAGUUACUGUACGGUCAAAAUAAUAUGAAGUCAUGUGACAUGAUUUUUAUCAUGUAAGCUUAUAAUAUAUUUGUACCAGAUGCUGUAAAAAAAAACAUGAUUUUCUAAAACUAGUGUUCAGCAUCUAUUUAAAGCAUUUUAGUUUCUGCAAAAGUGUAUAUUUUGAAAUGAUACAAUUGGAUAGACUUUUUUAUUCUUAUUUCAUGGCAAAGUCAAGUCCCUAGGCCUGUGAUGAUAUCUGUACCCUCUGACUAACGACUCUAUAAAUCAACGACAGGAUAUUAAAACUGGAGUAAAGUCUUAUGGUCUCAUU